AUGUCAAAGAACUCACUAUGGGAUAACAUACUAUCAGAUUCUCAAUUAGAAAAAUAUGGUUUAAUUCCUGAUGAAGUUUACAAAAAUACAAUUUUCAAUUCAUCAGAUUCAUUUCAACCGGUACAAUCAUUUAAAUUAUUACCAGAUAAUUCAUAUGAAGAGGUUGAUGAUGAUCAACAAACAACUAUCGGUGGUGAUGAUGAUGAUGAUGUUUCAAUGAAACCAACUACAGAUUAUGCAAAAAUAUGUAAAAAAAAAAAAGAAUCAAAUUUACCACUAUUUGAUUUAAACACACAUAAAAAACGUUUUGGUUUCAAUGGAUUGGAUUUUUUAACAUUUUAUUUAUAUAAAAAUAAUAUUUACCGUCAGCAAGAUGAUGAUGAUGAUCGUAAAACUGUACAAAAUUUAUCUGAUAUACCAUGGAUUCAGGAAGAAUGGAAAAAGCAUCCACGUAAACCGUUGCCAUUGAGUUUACAAUGGACAGAUGAAGAUGCAGCAAUUAAGCUGCAAUCAUAUUGGAGAGGUUAUCUGGUGAGUGGUUUUUUUUAA